AUGGAAGGGGGCGGCGACAGGGAUAUCUCCUCAAGGCGUCGCCCCCUGUUGAGGGGCACCCAGAGGAAGAAGGUGCACCGAGCCGCUCACCACCACGACAGUGAUGAGCACCCCACUGACUCACCUCCCAGCUGCAAAAGCAGAAGUGGUGGCCAAGCCAAAACGGAAGCCAACCGAAAGAAGGUCCUAUCCUUGAAGAGCCUGUACAGUAGUCUGCACAGAACGAGCGAGCUGAUUCUGAAGGGGGAGGACAAAGGAGGGCAAGCGUGUGAGAAGAGUGAAUAUAUGACCGGUGAGGACCGUCGGGAGGACUUGCAUUUCGAGGAGGCCUCUCCUCUGGAAGGGGAACUGGACCCUGUCCCCCCCUCCAGUCGCAGGGGGACGCAGCAAAAAAGGAGAACCAAGCAAAUACACAAUGUAAAAGGGACACGAGGGAAUUCAAACGAUAUUAGAAAAUAUUUUACGCAGGAAGAGAGACGGAGCACAUCGGCGAGGGAGGGGCAUGAUGGGGGGGCGUGCUUGCAGGAGAGUAGCGAGUCUAAUGUGGAGGCUAAAAAGAAGACCUGUUUGAGACAGAAGACCAGCACGAAUGGCCCCAUAAUGGGGUGUGCCUCAAACAAGCGUGGUGAGCUAAUGGAUGAACGAAGCGACGCGCUCAGUGAUGAACCCGUUCACAUGCGAGUGAGCAGCCACAGCGAUGAGUCGAUUAAUCGUUCGUUGAAAAGAGACUCAAGAAGGGGUAUCACAAGAAAAGACGCAGAUGGGAAGAAACCCAGUGGAAGUAACGCCAGAAGCGGCCUGUGGGGGGGGACCUCCCAAAAGGAGAGUAAAGAAGAAAAAACGAAGCCCCCCUUGGAUGAUGGGUGCAAUGGUCAGGAGAAGGAAGACUCGAUGUACAGCACAUCGUCACAGUGGAGGAUGCGAAAAAGCGGGGGAACCAUCAACAUGGAAGAGGUAGAGACGAAGUCUGGAGUAGACGCAAAGUCAGAGGACAGAAACCAACCGUCCGACAGCUCCUCCCCAGUGCGUAAACGCAAAGGAACAAAGUAUAAUAGCAUAAAGGAGGAGAAAAAAGAAAGUACAAAGCUUAAAAAUUUGAAUAUGGAAGAAAUAAAAAAUUGUCUGAAGAAGAACGAACCAGACACGUUAAAGAUUCUACUGUGCACGGACAACCACUUAGGGUACAAGGAAAACAAUGCUGUGCAAAGGAAGGAUACAUUCAACUCGUUUGAAGAAAUUCUUUUCGUUGCACAAAAGUUAAAUGUGGAUAUGAUUAUUAAUAGUGGUGACCUGUUUCACAAGAAUAAGGUUUCAGAGUACACACUCUUCAAGUCCAUGGCGAUUAUUAGAAGGUAUUGUCACGUCAGUGGUUAUGAGGAUGCCGAGGGGGGGGCUCAAUCGGAAGAAGCUUCUCCGGAGGGGGAAACAACACAUGCUCGCAAAGUGCUCCUGAAGGAGGUGCACAGCUCCGAUUAUAAGUGGUACGGGGGGGGUGAGAAGCUCGAUCUGAGUGAGGACGGCACGCGAAGUGAUGAUGGGCGCGACCAUUGUGAUAAGCGCGACCAUUAUUAUAAUCGCAGUCACAGUGGGGACAGCACCCGCAGUGAUAGAAGUGGGCACAGUGAUGAUGAACGCGCGCACAGCGAUAGACGCGCCCUCGGCGAGAAAGGACCCCCCUGCGACGCAGUACGCAUGUGCUCCCUGAAGGAGAAGGUCGAAACGGCCAUCCCCCUCUUCACCAUACACGGAAACCACGACUACCCAUACAGCUGCGAUUACAUUAGUCCGCUAGACAUUCUGCACGUUGGUAACCUCAUCCAAUACAUAGGAAAAAGCAGUCUGAACAAAAUCGUGGUAAAGCCAGUGCUCCUCAAUAAAGAAGACACAAAAAUAGCCAUUUAUGCCAUAGGAUGGAUCAAAGAUGAGCGUUUACACAGAGCAUUCGAACAGAAGCAAGUAAAAUUCAUGCUCCCAAAUGAUUAUGAAAAUAGAAUCAACAUCCUUGUCCUUCAUCAGAACAGACACAUGAGAUGUGCAUAUGGAAAUGAUAUAAAAAAUUUUGUAAAAGAAUCCUUUAUCCCUAAUUUUGUAGACUUGGUUAUAUGGGGACAUGAGCAUUAUUCGAAACCCUACUUGGAGGAAAGUUUAUUCAAAUCUUUUUUUUCUUUACAAUUGGGUUCAUCUGUACGCACAUCUCUAUGCACAAAUGAGUAUGGGGACAAGUACAUCGGGUUGCUUGAAAUUAGGAAGGAGCGAUUUCGCUUUUUGAAGAUCCAACUGGAAAGUGUGAGACCAUUCGAAUUGAAGGAAAUCAGAUUAGCUAAUUACAAUUUGAAUUUUAAUGAUGAGUCCGUGUUGAAGCAGUUUUUACAUGAGCAGGUCGACAACAUUCUGCAGAGCUUUCAGCUGAGUUUGCGUGAGCAGGUCAAGCGCUACUACUUGUUCAGGCGCGCCUUUUUACGGCAAGUCCAACGCGGGGCGCACGGUAAGGCGACAGACGCGAAGGGGACGGACUAUGACGAGCCUCGCUCCCAUCUGUUCCACGAACAACCCGCCCUGCCGAGCGAAGUCUUCACAAAAAAGGAACUCCUGGACGAGUACUUCGAAUCGGUCAUCUCCGACCAAGACGUAACUGACUUCCUCACAAAUCUGCAGGACGAGGAGUUCUACUCCACCACCUUCAUCCACGUGGCAUUCUCCACCCCAAGCGACACAUUCGAUUUGUUGAAAAUAAAGAAAGGAGUCUACGACAAACCACUAAUAAAAUUAAAAGUCGAGUACGAAGACAUUAACAUUAUAAACACACAGCUGUUCGGCUCCACUUUCGCUAACCGAGUCGGAAACCCAUCUGAGUUCCUCACAUUUUACAGAAAAAAGGGAAGAACAAGUGCAGGGGCUAAGGAGGGACAAGGCGCCAACUGUACGGGGCACACCCUGGGGGCACUCAACACCAAGGGAAUGAUGGAGCCUAAAAACAUGGACCAAAAAGAUAUCACUAACAUGGAAAAUAUAAAUGAGUACAACAAGGUGUUUGAUAUUCUUUUUCAUUAUUGCCAGCUGAAGGACAAGCUAGCCAUUUUAAAUGAAAAGACCAUCAUGGAAACCAUACUUAACUUCAUUAGUAAUUCAAAUUCUUCUUUUAAUUCUGAAUCGACUGGCACGUCUGACUACUGCAGCAUCAUCUCCAUGGUCGAUCACUGGGCGCGUAGGAAGGUGGAACUCCUCGAGGGGAACCUCCGGGACGUCCCUGUGGAGAGCCUAACGGAGGAGUACCUCGCGGAAGUGGUUAAGAACCUUGCCGGGGAGUGA